GGAGGUGGGGCCAGGGGAGGUCGAAGGGAAAAAACCAAAGAGCUCUGCCAUGAUGACCUCCUCUUUCUUCUUAGCAUGCUGGAGGGAGAGCUGCAGGCCAGGGAUGAGGUGAUCACGGUGUUGAAGGCAGAGAAGAUUGACCUGGCCCUGCUGGAGGCCAAGUAUGGCUUUGUCACACCACACAAAAUCCUGCAGGCCCUGCAGAGAGACGCCAUUCAAGGCAAGGAAGAUGUCUUUAAGGAGGACAUCUAUGAGAAGCCCAUGGCAGAGCUGGACAAGCUGGUGGAGAAGCAGCGAGAGACACACUGGCGGAUGUUGGAGCAGCUGCUGAUGGUGGAGCAGUCCCACAAGCAGACUCUGUGCAAGCUGGAGGACGAGAAGAGGAACCACGGAGAGUUCAUGAGGAAGAGCGACGAGUUCACCAACCUGCUGGAGCAGGAGCGCGAGAGUAUGUUCGUCCACCGGGCCCCGGAGAAACAAAGAGGCGGGGGGCGCGUCACCAAGACCGCCUUCAGCAACAGGAAGCAGAAAGUCCCCAAGCCUCUUAAGUAA